AAAUGAAUCAAUGAAUCAAUUGGUUGUAAACAUUGUUAGAGAGAAAACACAUUAAAAAGUAAAUAACAAAACAAAACACUAAAACACUAAACAGUUUCCAAUGUUUUUUCAAUCAAUACUAUAAUAAUAGUAAUCAUUAUUUUAAGUAUCGAUCGCUGACCAAUAAAAUUAUAACACCAAUUGGUGACCACACAACGAUAUCGCGGUAUAUAUAGAGAGAGGUUAUCGUUGCCGCACCCGAGGACAGGGAUUGACAGUUACCGCCAAAUACGUGCCCGACGGACAUAUACGCGUAUAUAUAUAUAUAUAACACACACAAGUGGACGCGUCCACCGAAAGUCGUAAACAAAAGUGUGGCCAUCACUACCACAGCUGCGAGAGGACUAUAGGACAGUUGAUUGACAGUUGACGUGCCGAUUGCGUGACCGCUACAUACGUGCCCGACGGACAUAUAUAACAUACAUAAACAAGUGGACGACCACCGAUAGUAGUAACCAAAAGUGGCCACCACUAUAGCCGCGGUAGGACUAGGAGGUGGAGGCCGUAACCGUUGUUGCCGAUCAUCAUCGAUGCCGGAAACUGGCGGUUACGAACCGAAACGGUUUAUCGGUCUCGAAGACUGGUUGGCCAAAGAACUGGAAUGUUCCAUAUGUUUGCAUAUCUUUCGCCAGGCAGUGGACACCCAAUGCGGUCAUACAUUUUGUCGGCUAUGCAUACAGCGUAUAGUUGUCAGCAACAAACUAAUAUGUCCGCAGUGUCGGUGCGAAACCCAUAAGAAACGCCAGCGAUCGGCAAUUACCGACAGUCCGACAUCGUCGACAACAUCGGCGUCGGCGUUGGCCAACAAAGUCGAUCCGUUUCUGAAGUCCAAUCGUCGCGUGGACAGCAUUAUCGGUCGGUUGAGGACCAACUGCGACUACGAGGACAAGGGCUGCGAAGAGGUACUGGAGCUGAACCUAUUGGACUCGCAUCUGGAAAAGUGUAACUAUAAUCUGUGCGACAAUUGUGGCCUAAAAGUCGGUAAACGAUUGGAACAUAACUGUCUGGAUCUGAUGAAAUCGGAACGAAAACGGUUUAUGAAUACAAUUAUUAACUAUAAGUUUCGGUUGAAUAAUGUUAACAAAAAGCUGCGGACAUUGGAACAGAAGAAUAGGGAACUGGAGUCAGAGUUACGCCGAUUUAAGGGUGGUAUGGAUUGUAAGGGUUCGGCAGCCACUGCCGCCACCAACGGAAGCUGCACGGCCGGUAUUUCCUGGUCACCACCAACACCAACAACAACAACCACAUUAUCAUCGUUGGCCAACUCAGCACACGUGCUGGCGGCGGCUGCGGCGUCGGCGACCACCAAAACCGGUAAAACCCGUGCACUGUACAAGAUAUUCAAUCUGUUCGACGAAUCGGACAACCGAAUUGGCGUCUAUCGUAUGAAAUCUCGGGAAACGUUUGGCGAACUAAUCAAAUUUGUGGCCAAUCAGUUCAAUACCGACGACAAACAUCUCAGUCUGACACUCAACUACAAUGAACUGAUCUCACGUAACGAUACCAUACCGAUGCUCAACGUGCCGUCCAAUAAGCGCACGUUGAGAGCUGUCUACAGGGCUGACCGCAAGUCGAUUAAUAUUGAUAUUUAAAAUCAUGAUUAUUAUUAUUGAUUUGAUUGAUUUUUUAGUAUAAUUUAUUAUUAUUAAUAAUAAUU